AUGGAACAAUCACUAGGAGGCAAUACGAGUAGCUUGUUUUUUAUUAGUACGGAGGAAGAUUUUGAAUUCGAAGAAAAAAUCGUCAGUAAUCCGUACAUGCUCAAGACGUGGCUAGCCUAUAUUAAAUACAAACAAACCUUUCAAAGCAAUUCUGAUCAAUACAAUAAUAUUAUUAAUGUUACUUUUGAAAGAGCCUUGUCCUAUUUACCAGGAAGUUAUAAAUUAUGGAAUAUGUAUCUUGAUGUGAGGAUUGUACAAUGUGAAUCACUUCAUCCGAUCACUAGACUUGAUCCUGUGGAACUUAUCAAUCAAGUUUUUGAAAAAAGUUUAAUCACCAUGCAUAGAAUGCCAUUAAUAUGGUUAAAGUAUCUAAAGUUUAUUGUCAGAUAUCAACCAUCAAUUACAUAUGUUAGAUCGGUACUUAAUCGUGCCCUGCAGGCACUUCCAUUAACUCAACAUCAAAUCAUUUGGAAGUUCAUAUCUAUGGAGUGGAUACUCAACCCACAAUCUAAAGUUCCAACAGAAACAGGAAGAAGAUUAUUGAAAAGAUAUUUAAGAUUGGAACCUUCAUUUAUCAACAAUUAUGUAGAUUACCUGAAUAGAAAUAACUGCUAUACAGAAUUAUGCGAAUUAUAUAUUUAUUUCUUGAAUUAUGCCUCCACACAGGUAGAUUCUAAAACUAACUCAUCAUCAGUAGCCUCAAAUCACUCUCCACUUCAAAUAUGGGAGUAUUUCUGUGAUAUUCUUGGAACAAAGGCACUCUCUAUUAAUAUGCCACAUUCAAAAAUUGAAAAUACACUCUUAUCUGGUAUUAAGAGAUAUCCAAGUGAGGUUGGAAAGUUGUGGACUACUCUCGCACAAUAUUAUAUUCAAUAUGGUAAAUUUGAUAUUGCUAUGGGAAUUUAUGAAAAAGGAAUGGAAAGUGUAUCCACAGUUAAGGAUUGGAAUUUGAUAUUUGAUACAUAUGCCAAACUCUUUGAUGAGCUUAUCAAAGUACAAAUGAGUGAUCUUCAGAGCGAAAAUCCUGACAAAGCUCUUGAAGCAAAGCUUGAAAUAUUAAUUGCAAAAUAUGAAGGAUUGAUGGAUAGACGAGCACUACUUCUAAAUACUGUAAAACUUAAACAAAAUCCAAGUCACGUUCAUGAAUGGCACAACAGAAUUAAACUGUUAAAGGCCAUCAAAGAUCAUGAAAGAGUAAUUGAAGCUUAUGAGCAAGCUAUACAAAAUAUCAAGUCUGACCAAGCUACUCACGGCAAAUUAUUUACAAUCUGGAACAGUUAUGCUAGAUUCUUUGAAAUGGAACUUAAAUCUAUUGAAAAAGCUAGAGAAGUAUAUGAUAGAUGUUUGAGUGAAACAACAGACGAUAGUACAAACAUUUUGUCUGUGGUUGACUUGGAGAGAGUUGUUACUGAUUAUGCUGAAAUGGAAUUGAGAAAUAACAAUCCACAGCAAGCAUUAGCUAUUCUAUUUAAAGCAACUCAUCCAAACGACAAAUCAAACACUUUAUCUUGCCAACGCUCACUACUUGUGUGGAGUUUUUUACUAGAUCUUGAAGAGUCAACUACCAAGAAUAUUAAGAGAAUGAAGAAAUUCUUCAACGAAAUGAUAGAUCUCAAAAUUGUUACACCAAAUACUGUAAUUAAUUUUACUAAUUUAUUGAUUGAAAAUAAGUAUUUUGAAGAAGCAUUCAAAAUAUUCGAGAGAGCAACCUCACUCUUCCACUACCCACAAGUUUUUCCCAUUUGGAUGCAAUAUUUACUUCAGUUUGUAAAUAGAUACCAACACACCAAAUCCGAAAGAAGUAGAGACAUGUUUGAACAAGCCAUCAAAAAUUUACCAUUCUACUCUAUCGACAGGGCUGCCCAAGAGUUUGCCUCUGAAAAGAAGUAUAUUGUGAAAAACCAACACGCUAGAGACUUUUUCUUAUUGUAUGCCAACUUUGAAGAAAAUUAUGGAAUCAGCUCAAAGGCAAUUAAUGUAUAUGAUAGAGCAACCAAGUCUGUAACUCCAAACUCACAAGAACAAUUCCAACUUUAUCAAUUAUACAUCACACGUAUUACUGAAACUUAUGGAGUUGCUAAGGCAAGAGAAGUUAUUGAUCUUGCAUUGAAUCAAUCUGUAGAGAUGAAUAAUGCCAAGGAAGAAUCAUAUGUAUUUAUUAGAGACUUGGCACUUAAAUAUGUUUACAUGGAACUGAAACUUGGUGAAGUUGACCGUGCAAGAAGUAUUUUUGCUUUUGCGUCCUCUUUCUGCAAUCCUGACAAUACUGAUCAUUUUACAAAAUUCUGGGAUAGAUGGCAAAAGUUUGAAAAAUGUUAUGGCAAUUUAGAAACAUUCAAGGAAUAUCUUAGAGUACGUCGAUUUGUCCAGCAACAAUAUAGCUCUUCAAACACUGCAUUCAAAAAAUAA